CCCACUCUCACAAAAUGGCACUCUUUUUCUCACUUCAAAACUUUGUUGUACUACUAGUGCUAGUACUAAUUUCCUUGUGUCUAUUGCCACUUGCUAGGCCUUUUACAGUUAUAAUGUCUGAUUCCUCUGGCCUAGUUGAUGGGCCUCAAAGUGGAUACUCCAUUAACAAGAAUGGGAUCCGAACCGACCCCCAUGAGCAAGAAGCGGUCUACGACAUCAUGAGGGCCACCGGCAACAACUGGGCCACUGACAUCCCCGACGUGUGUCGUAGCCGAUGGCACGGUAUCGAGUGCAUGCCUGACAAGGACAACAUCUACCACAUUGUCUCACUCUCCUUUGGGGCCUUAUCCGACGACACCGCAUUCCCACCUUGCGACCCGACCCGAUCCUAUAUUUCACCAUCCAUCACUAAACUUCCACACCUUAGGACCUUACUUUUUUACCGUUGUUUAAGUUACAUUCCCCAACCAAUUCCAACGUUUUUAGGUAAAUUAGGUUCCACGCUACAAACUUUAGUACUUAGAGAAAACGGGCAUGUGGGUCCCAUACCUAGUGAACUAGGCAAUCUCACCCAUUUAAGGGUUCUUGAUCUUCACAAAAACAAUCUCAAUGGUUCAAUCCCAGUCUCCCUAGGCCAAGUCACCGGUCUAAGGUCAUUAGAUUUGAGUGGAAACAGACUAACCGGUUCAAUUCCUAGUUUAAACUUCUCGGUUCUGAACAUUUUAGACCUUAGCCAAAAUCUUUUAACUGGUUCAAUUCCACCUAGUCUUGGAACCUGCCAUUCCUUAAUCAAAAUUGAUUUUAACCGUAAUCGUCUAAAUGGUCCAAUCCCCAACUCAAUUAGCGGCCUAACAAACCUUAUGCUCCUGGAUUUAAGCUAUAAUAGCCUCUCGGGCCCACUUCCUUCACCACUUAGAAGCUUAACCUCUCUCCAAGCAUUGAAUCUCAAAGGAAAUUCAAUGGGGUCCAACCCAAUUCCUAGUCAUUGUUUUGAGGGUUUGAAAGGUUUAAUGGUUUUAGUUUUGUCAAACAUGAACUUACAUGGUCCAAUUCCUGAAUCGCUAGGCCGAUUAACAAACCUUCGUGUCCUUUAUCUUGACAACAAUUUCUUAAACGGUUCAAUUCCUUCGAACUUCCAAGACUUGAAGAAUCUUAGCGAGUUAAGACUAAACGAUAAUCGACUAACUGGUCGAGUUCCUCUUGGGAGAGACAUGGUCUGGAGGAUGAGAAGUAAGUUGAGGCUUUACAACAAUUCAGGACUUUGUUACAAUGCCAAUAGUGGUUUUGAAGAAGAUUUGGAUUCAUGGUCUCAUCCAGGCAUUGGUUCAUGUGAUAUGCCAAAGCCUGAGUCAGCAAGAAUAGUAAGGCAUCUUUCUACCUCUGGACCAACAACAUUUAAUGUUUCAUCUGAUGCAGUUUUUAAAUUUUCAGUUUACGUUACGUUGCUUCAGCUAACUUCAUUUGUUCUGUGUACUUUGACUUUAAUGUAAUACACAGAUAUGUAAUAAUGUUUUGUGUAACAUACUAAUAAUAUUAGUCUUUAGUUGUAUCA